AUGAUGCAUGUGAAUGCUAAAUCCGAUCAUUGUAACGAAGUAAUGAAUGUAGAAGAGGAUAGACUAAGUAGCUUGCCAAACGAACUUAUCCACAAAAUCCUCUCUUUUAUUAGCAUCAGAGAGGCUAUUGGAGUGAGUGUUUUGUCAUCUAGGUGGAGAUCUAUCUGGACUUCAUCGCCAUAUAUUUGCUUCUUAAAUGUGCCUGACUUCUCCAACUUUGUUUAUGAUGAAAUGUCUCGUCGCAAUAAUCAAAUACACUUGUCUGCAUUCAAACUCUUUUCUUGGAAGAGACUUAGGUAUUCGUUUUUCAAUAACAUUCUAGACUAUGCAUUGUCUCUCAAUAUUCAAAUACUGACUGUUACAUGCAACCUUGAGAGUCAUGUUGGAUCUCCUCUUUCUCUCUUUGGUUCUCCGCCUCCCAAUCACCUUGAUUUGUUGGGAUUUCAUUAUCAUUCUCCUUCCUAUUCUGCCACACCAGCUUUAACAACAUUGCAUCUUGAUCGAAUCACACUGUCUGACUCUGAUAAGCACAUUGAUCUUUUCUCCAAGUGCACCAACUUGAAGAGUCUCACCUUAACACGACUCAUAAUGAUUGGAACAAAUGUUUUCAAUAUUUGUAAUGUUCGACUUUCUAAUCUCACAUUUGAAUAUAUAUGUUUGAAGGGUGUGAAUGUGGUUGCACCUCAACUCAAGAAUCUCACUAUUAUUUAUUGCAAUAUGAAGUUUCUUAAGAUUUAUACACCUGGCCUAACCUCCUUGGUUAUGAAAGGUGAUGAUCCUUUGGAUAUUUCUACACAAGCAUUCCAUUCUUUGGAGAAGGUGAAUCUCAGUAUUUUCCACCCACUCUUAAGAGAUGCUCAUAAAAUAGUUCGUCUGCUUAAACAGCUCCACAAUGUCAAACUUCUUAUACUUAAUUGGAGGCUUCUUGAGGUUCUUUCUUCAUCCAUGGGACUAAACUCACAUCAACCUUCUCAGUUUUCUGGUUUCAAGAUUUUAAAGUUUACACCGAGUUACCCGAGAAAGGUUUAUUUGGAGGCGCAAGCACACAAGAAAGCAACUCCAAGUACCAUCUUCACAAUGAUCUCGUGUGAGGAUAUUAGAGUUAUGAGGAAUAUCGUAUUAGCACAAGAGCUUGUUGUAGAAUCACGGGUGCUCUUUCAGCAUUGUAAAGCACUUCACAAUACUACCAAGGCUGAUAUGGAGCAACCAACGGAGAGCCUCAAGAUAAAGUGGCACGAGCAUAACAAAGCACAAGUUAAAAGGCCAUGGGCACAAUCACCAUUUGAAAUGCAAUCGCACUUUGAGAUGAAGCAAGAGAAAAUUGAAAAAUUAGUAAAAAAGUUGCAACAUGUUGAAGGAUUGGUGACUGAGCUACCUGUAUCAAAGAGGGAUAUGAUGCAAGCAACAUUUUAUAGUGUGUGUGAAGAAGCUGCCAUUGUCACGAAUAAUAUGUAUGAAGAUUUGAUAUAA